AUGGAGCCCGCUGAAGCCGCAGACGUGGAGCAGCUCGAUCGAGUGCUCCACCGCCUGGUCAUAGCAGACGACUCGAAGCUUUCGCCGGUACUGGACAUUCUGCUGCCGAAGCUUGUGCGGAAGCUGAACGGCAGCUCUCCACGCGUCCGAGCGAAGGUGAUAGACGUCCUCAGCCAUGUCUCCAAGAGGGUGCGGCCGAACGCCUCGAUCGAGUUGCCCUGCUCCGGCUUGCUCGCGGUGUGCAAGGAGGUGCCGUUGAACAGCUUCGCCUUUAACUUCAGCCUGAGCUUCCUGGAGAUGGGUGUCCCCAGGCUCACCCCGACGGCUCAGGGAAAGAUCGGGCUUCAGAUCGCGUCCGGGAUAUCAAGGCUCGAGCAAUACUCUCCGGCUUCCAACAUACUCCUGAACCUGCUCCUCGUUGUUGUCGAGCACCUACCGCUGCGCUUGCCGGGGGAGACUCAAGAAGAAGAAGCGGCGGUGAGAGAUACAGCGGCGACGGAGGUGGCGGAGCUCGCGCGAGAGGACUCCGCCGUGGUGAGCGAGUGGUUUCUCGACGUCUGCUUGUACCCGGGCGUUCUCCGGCUCGAGGGGAGCCGCUACGACGGCCUCUCGCCGGCCGGGCUCGCCCGCCUAACCUCGAAGGAGAAGGAGUGGCCGGCGGACCUUCUCACGCGGCGCAAGCUCGCCGUUGUGCGGGGUCUCAAGUCCGACCUCUUCUCCCCCGCCGCGACCGUGGCGCCGGCGGUGGCUGCCGCUGGCUGCAGCACCCACCACGAGGUUCUCAAGGCCUCCGAAGACCUGCUCAAGAGCCUCUCUUCGUCGGACAGACACGGGGCGCUCCAGCGGGAUCCGGCCGUUGCGCUAGGCCUCUUGAACUUGGUGCUGGGCGGAGCUGCUGGUACCGCCGGCGGUAGCACCGCCGCAACCACCGCCACCGCCGCGGCGGGCACCCUUUCCUCUUCCCGCUCUCCUGCUUCCUCGGCACUCGCGGUCCGUGCCCUGGCGUGGCUGGAGGCGGAGUGCCCAGGGGGCACGGCGGCCAGGGUGCCGGAGGCGGUGAGAGUGUCGUUCCUCGCGCUCUUCACCGCAGACGGGCCCGCGGCCGGCGCGGACCGCGCGCCCGGCGCGCGUCACCACGACCGCGCCAACGCCGCUCGGCUCCGGGCCGCCGGGGCUCGGUUGGCUGCGUUCGUCGCUGCCAGAUGCAACGCCGCAAUGCUGCCCAUGGUCGGCCCCCUCCUGCUGCAGGCCGUGCAGCGGGUGCUGGUGAUGAACGCGGCUCCGUCGUCCUCAUCCGAGGUUGGCGGCGGUGGCGGCUCGGGCGAGGCGCCCCCGCCGCCGGUCGGAUCGACGCUUCUGAUGCAGGUGCAGCACGGAGCGAUGCUGGAAGCGUGCUACGAAGCGAUCGCGUCGCUCGCGGUUCGGAGGCCGGAGAUUUUCGCCGGGGACACGUCAGUACCGCGCCUCCUCUUUCUCGAGCUCUCGGCGAAGGAGCCGUCGCUGCGGGUGAAGAUUAGCGCGGCGCUGGGCGCUCUGAAGGGCGCUUACCGCGCCGCUGGCGGUGACAAUCUAGCGUCCGAGCUGUGGUCUCUGCUUUGGGGGGCCGCAGCGUCUCCCGAGCACCGGGCCCGUCUCUGCGCGAUAGAGUGGGCGUGCGAUCUCUUCGACUUCUCGGACGUAGCGGCGCGCCGUCUUUGCGUCUCCCUGUGCGACGACAAGGUCACGGCGGUUCGCUCGGCGGCCACGCGGGGCCUCCAUCCGCCGCGUGCGUCCGCCAGCCACGCCCCCGCCGCUGCUGAGGGUGUCGCGGCUGCCGACGCCGCCGCUCCUCCUCGCACCGGUCCCUCGACCCACCCGACUUUCGAGGCGUUCGUGCUGGGCGCGCUGCGUGACGAAGCGGUGCCCUCGUCGCUGGCGAGGGGGGGAGAGCCGGCACCGGCAAGCCUCGGCGAGCUUCCUCCUGCGGCGCUCGCUCGCGCGUUGGACUUCGCGCUGGAGUGCCACAAGGCGCACGGCGGCAAGGCCGACAACAACGGAGCGGCAGAUAUUUCGUCGGAGCACGGCCACGCGCAGAUGGUUCUGCUGCACCGGUCGGCCGCGGUGGCCUUGCAGAAGCUAGCCGCCGGCGACGGCGGUGCAAACGACCCCAGCACCACGAUGUUCCCGCAGCAAGAUGCAGGCCAACGGGACGGUAGUCACGCCGUGGCGCAGGCGGUCAGGUCCGAGCCGAUCAAAGGCGUUGCCGUCAGGCUGGCCUCUCGCGGCCCGUGGCUGCAGCAGUGGCUCGGGCACGAGAGCUCUACGGAGAUCAGGGAGGCGUUCGCUGAGACGACGGGAGCGGCGGCGGAGUUCAUGGACCCGAACUCGGAGCUUGUGCCGCUCUUGAGAGCUCUCGGGCACAAGCUGAAGCCCUGCACGAUGCCGGGUGCGGCAGGCUUCACCAACAGGGCGGUGAGCAGCGCCCACGGAGCCGCCUGCGCCCUCGGCUCCGUCCUCGCAAGGCUAGCCGCCGCUGCGAACGCCGCCACCGCUGCUUCCGCCGGCGAGCCCGGCGGCAGCGGUAAGGCUCCUUCUCCCGGCGUUCUUGCGUGGGCAGCGCUGUCCGGAGACGCUCUCCCCGCCGCCCUUUCGUCCGUGGCGGCGGCGAUCGGCCACCCGGUUUCUCUGCUGCACGUCGCGGCGUGCGGGGCUAUCGGCCGCGUGGGUGCGGCGGGACCGCUGCCCGUUCGCUCUUCCGCCGCCGCAGCAGCAGCAGUGGUGCCGCCUGCUAUUGUUGGGGGGGGCGACGACAGCAGCGUCGCCGCCGCCGCCGCUACCCCGACUACUGUGCAAGCCGUGUUCGAGCGGCUGUGGGCCGCGUGUAAGCUGGGAGAGACGACGGAUGCGAGCAGGCGGACGGAGGCGGCGGCCGAAGCAUUGGGGAGGUGUUGCCGGGGGAACGGCGCGGGCAGGGCCGACGCUGCCAGCGGCGGCGGCGGCGAGAAGGAGGAGUCUUCCGCUCGCGUUCGUAAGACGCUCCGAGUGCUGUUCGACAUGGCCAAGAAUCAGAAACAAGAAGAGCUCCAGUUUGCCGUCGGCGCAGCGGUGGCAGAUCUGGCGUGCUCAGGACCCCUCCGCGUCCCCCCUGGUAAGCUUCUCGAGGACAUGCGUGCGUCCGCGGUAUCUGCGAGGCGCGAAAUGAAGGAAGAAGAGUCAGCGGGGGACGAGGGUGGCGGCGGCGCAUUGAUAAAUGCCUUGGACUACGUGCUCUAUCAGGUGCUGCACGUCCUGCUGGAAGACCACUCGCCGCACGUCUCCGGGGCCGCGGCGGUGUACCUCCUCGCCGUGGUGCAGCAAUGCAGGGGCCACCCCGUCCUUGCCGCCUACCUCCCGGACGUGCAGGCGGCCUUCACGCGGAAGCUUACCGUCAGGUCCGAGUUCGUGCAAGAGGUCGCCGGCAAGGGCCUCGCCCUGGUGUACCAGGCGGCCGGCAGCGAGUCCAAGCAGGGGCUCGUCGACUCCCUGGUGGACGCCCUGAGCACGGGGAGGCGAAGAGCGGCUGCCUCGGGCGCAACGACCGGCACGGCCACCGGCGGCGGCGGCAGCGUCGACGUCCACGGCCCGACGCACGCGGGGGCGGCGCUCUCCGAGGCCGGGGCGGGCGCCUACGGCGAGAUGUGCGCUGUCGCGAACGAUGUGGGAAGGCCCGACCUCAUCUACUCCUUCCUUUCGAUGGCGAGUCAUCACGCUGCUUGGACGACGAGAAGAGGUGCGAGCUUCGGUCUUGGGGCCAUCAUCAACCAGGUCUCCGCAGAGGCGUUCGGCGGCCAGCUGGGGCGCAUCGUGCCCCGCCUAUUCCGGUACCGUUUCGACCCCAGCGCCAAGACGCGCGCGGCUAUGGAUCAACUCUGGCGCGCUGUUGUCGGCGGUGGCGGUGGCGGUGGCGACGGCGGUGGGGACUUCUCGACACGGGAGAAGGAGGUGAUUCACUCAAACCUGUCCGCGAUCAUUACCGAGCUCCUCCGGGCGCUCGGCGACCGCAAGUGGAGGGACCGCCAGUCGGCCUGCGCCGGUCUCUCGGAUGUGCUGCGGGGCCGCAGCUGGGACGAGAUCGGUCCCCACCUGGAGAUGCUCUGGACCAUGGCGGACAGGGGCCUGGACGACAUCAAGGAGUCCGUAGCAGAAGCCGCCGUAGAGUACUCCAAGACCGUGGCCAACAUCUCGGUGCGCCUUUGCGACCCGUACAACUUCGUGCCCAGCAGUAGAGGCGGCGGCGGCGCUGAGGGAGACACCGCCGUCGCCGCCGCCGCCGCUCGCAACGAUGCCGGGGGCGACGGCCCCGACGCCGUGCGCCAGGAGGCCGGCGAAGCACGCCGGGCGAUCGGGACCAUGCUUGACGACCUCCGCGCCUCCGAAGCGGAGGCGAGGGCGAGAGGGGAAGAAGGGACGAUGGACGACCCCUCCGGAGGAGGAGGAGGAGGAGGAGCGUUAGGCACCGCCGAAGGACGGGACGGAGCGGCCGAUGAGGUGUUGCGGCAGGUGCUCGAGAGGGAGCAAGGGGCCGGCGAAGGGGCCGCCGGGGGCGUUGGCAGGGUGCUGGGAGGGCGGCGGAACGGUCCUACCGUCGACGAGAUACUGAGACCCGGCCGUGCGGGGGCGGGUAGGAACGCCUCCGCGCCGCCGCCGACGGAGGCGGCGAGGGCGGCGGCGGCAGGCGCAGUCGGGGUGACCCUGCCGUGGCUGCUGAGGAAGGGGAUCCUGAGCCGGUGCAAGCCGUCGCAGGCGCUGGCGAUGCGCACGCUGCAGCGGCUGGUGAAGGUGUGCGACAAGGAGGCGCUCAUGCCGCACCUCGCGGAGCUCGUGGCGACCCUCAUCGAGGGGCUGAGCGCGCUGGAGCCCCAGGCCCUUCAGUACAUGCAAUUCCACGCGGAGACCCAGCUGGAGAUGACCCAGGACCAGAUGGAGAGGCUGAGACUGUCCGUCUCGCGAGCAGGCCCCCUGCAGGACGCACUGGACAACUGCUACAGACACCUGGAUCAUGCGGGAGUAGUGGAGGCGCUCAUGCCGCGUUUGCUGGGGCUACUUCGAUCGGGAACCGGACUGGCCACUCGCUCCGCGUCCGCGUACCUCGUCCUCUCCCUCUGCGAGCGCGCGCCGCUGGAGAUCCACCGCGCCGCGCCCCGCCUGCUGCCGACCCUGACCAACACAGCCCUCUCGGAGCGCAGCUCCACCCUGCGCCGGACGUACUCAUCGGCGCUGUCCUCGGUGGCGAGGCUCGCGCCGGCGGCGGGGGUGUCGCGCCUGGCCAGCCGCCUCGCCCAGCUCUUCAGGGAGGCCGACCCGGACUUCGACAAGCGCCAGAGGCGGACCCUGGCCCUCCUGCUGGGCGACCUGUGUCGCAGGGCCGGCGGGCAGCUCGGAGCUCCCGGCGGCAAGGCGGCGACGGGCGGAGUUAAGGAAGAGGGCGCUUCUGGCGGCGGCGGCUUCGCCGCCAGCGGGUGGAACCAGGUCCUGCCCGUGGCGUUCGUGGCGAGCAAGGACCCCGACAAGCCGGUCGCCGACGCGUUCGCGGAGGCGUGGCAGGAGGGGCUCACGCAGCUGCAGCUCGGGGCGGCCGGGCAGGGUGAGGCCUGCAGAGUGCGCGGCGCGAAGGAUGCCGUGCUGCUGAUGGCUUCUUCGCGGGGAGUGAAGCGCAACAGAACCAGCGAGCACGAGGGCGAAGAGGAGCACCAGGGCGCGGCGGCGGCGGCGCCGCCGUCUUCUAGCGGACAGCCGGAGGAGAGUUCUAGCGCGACGGCGGUCGCGGAAGGCCUUGUCGGGGGUGCCGAUGUCUCGACCUCCUCGUCAGACGAUGACAACGAGGCGACGGACGGAACCCCGGGUGGGACAGACGACGGUCCCGCUUUCGAGUACAAGGAUAAGGUCGGCGAUCUCGACAGAGACGCGGCGGGACCAGCGGCGGCUGCGCCGGGAGAGGCGGUUCAGGCCCAGAGAGAAGACGGUCAGCCGCGGAAGGACGCCGCGCUGGAGGCGGGGCUGGCAUCGCUGGACAUGGAGGACGAUUCGCCGACUCCUUUCGGGGAUGUUGUAGCGCUGAUGCUGUCCCAGCUGCGGCGGAAGGACACCAAGUUCGGUCGAGCCGCGGCGUCGUCCCUGGCGGUGCUCCUCGACGCCUUCCCGGAGUGCUGCGUGUACGACCUGGUAGCGCCCACCCUCCUCGAGCUGGCCGGGCUGGACGGGGCGGCGGCGGGGACCACCUCUGGCGGUGGGGGUAACAAAGAAGACCCGAUCAUGCAGGCUCGUGCGGUGGCCUGCCUCGCGGCGGCUUGGCCUCGCGUCCCGGCACCGCCUGCGUCGUCGAGCGCAGCAGCCCUGGAAGGAGCAGCAGCAGCAGCAGCAGCAGCAGCAGCAGCAGCAACCGUCGUCGCUCGUCAAGCCGAUGCAACGACUACCCGAAUCGACGCCGUCUGCAACGUCCAACGCGCGCACGCCGCGUCCCUGACCAGGGUCCUCUCGGGGGCCAUCUUGCUCAAGGUCUGGAGCGUCAGGGUCCCGAUCUACGGCGCCUUGUCGGCUAUCGUCAGCAGGACGACCGCAGCCGCGGAGUCUCGCGCUCCCGUGCUGACUGGAUCGCUCCUGGCAGACGUCGUCCGGGCUGUUGAGCUUGGGGCGGAGGAUGCCAAGUACUCUCAGGUGCGAGCGGCGGCCAUUUCUGUCGUGGGGGCCAUGACGUGCCGCAAGGAGCUGAGGCUCGCGCUGACGCCUCACAAGGAGGGUCUCGCAGGAGCGGCAAGAACCGCGGCUGAAGACCCGGAGCCGAAGGUGGCGGUGGAGGGCAGCAAAGCGGCGCAGAACCUGUCGUGGUGGCCUUAG